AUGAGGGAAAACAGCUGGGGGCACACUGUAGGGUCAGGUUAUCGGCGGAUCUGUUACGUGUGACCCUACAGAGGAUACAUUUCCCAUAACUUUCGUUUUUCAAAUGCCUUUUAAAAAAAAAAAAAUAAAUAAAGAAAACUGAAAAGCAGUUGGGAUGCUAUGGGCAAAUGAUCACUGUGCCUCUGCAAGGUUUUUUAAUCUCCCCCAUUCGUGGGAGCGAGGAUUUUCUUUUAUGUUUCACUGACUACUUGGGGAUUCUUUCUGUAAGACUCACUGAAUACAUUUUCAAGUUGUCUUCUAGUGCUUGAGACGACUGCUUUCGUAAAUGCGCUGGGGGGGCGGGGUCAGCUGGGGCAUCGCGCCUUUAUCGUCAGGCUGGGGGUGCCGAAGAGUCACAUGUUGCUGCCGUCAUGUGACGGCGCUUUCAGGAAGGCCAGCAGUCUGGUGUGGUGGAAGGGGAAAGCUGCCAGUGUGACCAGUGGAGUUAACGUGUUGUGCUGCAGGACACAUGGACAAGCUGCGAAGGGUUCUCAACGGCCAUGAAGACGAGGAACGGGGCCUGACCGCUCAGGGAAGUGCAUUACUUUGGGUUCCUGGUGCCGGAAUAAAGCUAUUUGCAGUGUUCUACACACUGGGAAACAUUGCUGCAUUAGCCAGCACAUGUUUUCUUAUGGGUCCACUUAAGCAACUUAAAAAGAUGUUUGAGCCAACCAGACUGAUUACUACAAUAAUUAUGCUGCUCUGCUUGAUCUGUACCCUGUGUGCUGUUUUUUGGUGGCAUAAAAAAGGUUUGGCACUUCUCUUUUGUAUCCUACAGUUCCUAGCCAUGACCUGGUACAGCAUCUCUUUUAUCCCCUUUGCAAGGAGGAGGAGAAAAUCUCAUGGGUGCUGUCGUGGAGACUUCGAGAAAAGGAAUUAUCGACAACUUCUUCCAACUAAAACAUUAUCUCUUCAGUAUCUGCAGGAGCUAAAUAUUUUGGGAUGCUGUGAUGAAGUGCUUCACCUCCUGUUUGGACUAAUAUUCAAGAAGGCAACUACAGCUGUAAAAAACAAGAAAUUCAAUAUCGAUCAGUUAGCUUUAUAGGUUUCCAUUGAAAACAAAAUGUAUUUUAUUUUAUUUUUUUGUAAAUAAAGUGCUAAUUCUCUAAAUUGUUUAAGGAAACAAUAUAUUGUAUUUUUAACUUUUUUUUUAAUAUGCAUAUUUAUGCAGCAAUAAAUAUAAUUCCACAUUUUCUUCAUUUAAAUACUAGCUUUGUAAAUAUUUCAAGCUAAAAUAAAUCUACAAGUCUACCUGG